AUGCCUCGUGGUGGCCGAAUUUUGCCGGAGAAGAGGGCGGCGGCGACGCUUCUGUCCCUAGCGGCGGUGCUGGGCAGGGGCGGUGCAGGAGGAGGUGGCCAGGGGGAAGGGCGCGGCGCUCCUGAUGGCGGCGGCGCUGCACAAAAGCAGGGCGCAGGGGGGCGACGGCUGUGCCAGGGCGCGAAGGGCGGCGACGCUCCUGGUGGCGCGCAUGGGCAUAGGGGAGGGGCCAAGGCACGCAGGGGCAGCGCGGCAGCAGGAGGAAGGGCUGGCGGCGAUGCUGUAGGAGGCCCACAUGAGGACACAGCUGCGCAGGGGCGGCGCCGGGGGGUCUGGCGCUCCUGGUGGUCGCGUGCAGCACCAGGGAGGGAAGCAGGCAGGUAG